AUGAUCAUUUCAAAUUUCAAGUUGAAAACUAUUCAAAUGAAAUUCACGAUUUAAAAUAAAAGCAAUAAUAAUUUUUAAAUGAAUAAGAAUUUUUAUCUUAAGAAAUUAAAUAUUUAAAAACCGAACUCAAAUAGGAUUAACUAACAGAAUAAGAAAUACUAAAAAAAAAUGAAUAAAUCAAGCGUUUACAAAACACAAUUAAUGAAUUAGAAAAAUAAUUAAGAUUUUUGNAAUAGAUAUCUAUUAUAUAAAUGUGGUACACCUGGUUAUGCAGCACCUGAAGUGUUGAAUUCUUAAUGUACUCAUUACUCAUUUAGUUGCGAUGUUUUUAGUAGUGGCUGUCUUUUUUAUUAAUUGUAAUUAAAUCAUUGAUUUUCAGGUUAUUUCAUGAAUUACCCUUUAAAGGUGAUACAUUAUAAUAACUAGUACAUAAUAAUAGAAUUUGUUUAUUAGAUUUUCAGUAAGAAAAAUUUGAUUCUUUCUCUUUUAACAUCAAAGUAAUAUUUAAAUUCAUUUCUAGAAUCUCCUGAAAUCUCUAUUAGAAAAGAAUAUCUCUGACAGAAUACCUUUGAAAGAAGCUUAUUAAUAAUUUUUAAAUCUGUAUGAUCUUUGUAAAUAAAGAUGUGAUACUGAAGAUUGCCAUGAUUCUUCACCUCUUGUUAAUAGGUUACCUAAUUUAGAUAUAUAAAUUGGAAGAAUAUUUGAGUUAAAUUCAACAAGAGAAUCGAGACCCAGUUUAUAAAAUUGUGCAUAAUUUAUUUCUAAAUGA